AAUGAUUAUACAUGUACUAACACCAUCUUCAUUCUCCACCUAGUUUAUAUCCGUAAUUUUCAUCAUAUAAGUCUAUAAUAUAAUCAUGUCGUCUCCAAGCACUCACGGACUUGAAUCAUCCUCAUCCGUAGAGGCGCCACAAUUGUGUCGUCAGUUUACACUUUCCGAGAUUCAGGUAGCAACAAAAAACUUUGACGAAUCAUUAGUAAUCGGACGAGGAGGAUUUGGCAAAGUUUACAAAGGAAACGUCACAUAUGGGACAACUCUUAUGACAGCCGCAAUAAAGCGGCUGGAUUCAACUUCCAAUCAAGGAGCACUGGAAUUUUGGGCUGAAGUUAAGAUGCUUUCUAACUUAAGGCACUGUCACUUGGUGUCGUUGAUUGGUUAUUGCAAUGAUGGGCAAGAGAUGAUUCUUGUUUACGAGUAUAUGCCCCAUGGAACUCUUGAAGAUCAUCUCCACAAACGUGUAACUUCUCUAACCUGGAUGAGAAGGCUCCAAAUAUGCAUAGGAGCCGCUCGGGGGUUAGAUUACCUUCACACAGGUACAGGUAUUAAGCAUGGAGUUAUACAUCGUGAUGUUAAGCCGUCAAAUAUAUUGUUAGAUGACAGUUGGGCGGCUAAGAUUUCAGAUUUUGGAUUGUCUAAAAUAGGUCCAAUAAAUCAGCCAUGUACAUAUGUGAACACCGUGGUGAAAGGCACAUUUGGAUAUCUAGAUCCGGAUUAUUUUUCAAUGGGUAGGCUCACAAGAAAGUCUGAUGUGUUUGCCUCUGGGGUUAUACUGUUUGAAGUAUUGUGUGGGAGAAAAGCUAUAGAUAAAAGUCUUGAUGAGGAGCAAUGGGGUUUGGUAAGAUGGGUUCAAGACUCUAUUGAAGAAGGUAGGCUAAAGCAAAUUGUUGAUUCCAAUAUAAGGGGGAGAAUAUCCCCUAAAUGUUUAAAAGAGUUUGCUCAACUAGCCGAGCGGUGUUUGCAUAGCCAUCCGAAGCACCGUCCUACGAUGGCCCAAGUUGUGGUGGGUCUUGAGUAUAUUCUAGCCUUACAGGAGAAAGCAAACAGUGCACUGAAGCCUGCAGGCAGGACAAUAUUCGGGAAAAAGAUACCCGUGUUUGUCUUUACAUCCAGUGGGGAAAACUCAGAUGGAAGUAUAAGUUUGAAAUCCUUGAGGUACCACCUUGAUACAAUUCAAGGUGAAAACCACAUAUUUCGUCGGUUUGAUUUUGAUACAAUCCAAGUUGCAACUGAAAACUUCUCUGAAGCUAAUAGAGUUUUUCAACUUCGAUUUAAUUCCAUGUACAAGGGAAGACUACAAAAUGGACAAGAUAUAGCAAUUGCUGAAUCAUUUUCCAAUAGAUUUAUAGAAAAUCAUAUGCGCGAGGCAUCCAUACUGGUGAAGUGUGAGCAUGAGAAUUUGGUCAAGAUGCUUGGCUAUUGCUUUGAAGGAACGAAAGUGUUUUUCAUAUAUGAGUUUGCAACUAAUGCGAGCCUUCAUCACUUGCUACAUGAUCCUAUGUGUAUUCAGUUGGAGUGGAAUAAACUGUACAGAAUAAUACUAGGUGUUGCUAGGGGACUUGUUUACCUUCACAAGCAUGCUCCCAUACCGAUCAUACAUGGUAAUGUAAGACCAGGGAACAUUCUUUUAGAUGAAAGUUUCGACCCCAAGCUAUCAGAUUUGCGGUUCGCAACAGCAGUCAACGAGACUGACUGUGUUCAUGUUAAUGCGGUUUCUGGGACCCUUGGUUACGGAGCACCUGAGCAUUUGAUAUACGGAGUUUUGUCAACCAAGGCAGACGUAUAUAGUCUUGGUGUGUUGAUUUUGGAUACUAUGACUGGGCUUGAUCAGAGGUCGUACGCUUUUCGGUCCACCGAAUAUCCUUCCCUCCUUGAAUAUGUACAGAGAAAUUGGUUGGAAGGAACACUUUCAAAUACAAUCGAUCCCAGGAUGGAUGUGGAUUCAAAUUCUAUCACAAGAUUUUUGGAGAUUGGAUUGUUGUGUGUUCAACAAGAUUCGGCGGAUAGGCCAACAAUGGAGGAAGUUGUUGCCAUGCUUCUUGGCAGCUCAUCUCUCACUCUGCCUGUGUCGAAAAUGCGAGCAAUGGUUACAAGAGAGCGUUCAAGCAGUAGUAACGCCCCUGUUGAUGAUUACGAUACUAGUGCAGUUGAGGAAUUUAUAUCAGAUUUAUCCCCCAGAUAGCCAAGCACUAUUUUUAAAACACUGUACUUGUUGGGCUCAGGGAAAACCGUUUCAUGGCUUGUCAGGCUGUGUUGAAGGCAGAAUUAGGGAAAGUCGCUAAGCAUGAAAAAGCUUGUGCUGAGAACCAACAUAUCUUCAUUCUCUUUGUCUUUGAUACUUUUGGGCCCCUUGCCUCGUUCACAACAAUUUCUCGACGUCGAGAACCAGAGUUGUUUUGUUUUCGGUAGAAUUGGGUUUGCUAAAGGGGUUGCGGCGCAACUUGUUGUCCGUUUACCUCUCAUUGUUAUGUAAGUUUCCAAAAAUAUUUAUGCAUGAAACUUAAUAGGUAAUAAAAAACAGUGUAUCGUACUACCAAACUUCCUAUUUUAUGAUGUGAACUGUUAAUUUAUUACUAUUUAGUGAGAAAGUUAACUCAAA